CAACAAUUCAUCAAGAAUUUAUCUUUGGAAUUCCUGGGAGAUUGAGGUUACAGAGGAUUUUAUGUGGGCAUUGCAAGCAUACAUGCAGUGGGUGAAGGGGACAAAUCGGCAAAAUGACACACUAGCCAGCAAUUCAUCUAUAUAUGGCUUGCCAUCCAACCCACACCAUUUACUCGCAUCAUGACUUUCUCCAUGGAGGACGCCGAUGCUGGUGCUGAAGAACGCCAAGCUGUGUACGAAAAAGGCUUUCGCACCUGGCAAAGCCUUUAUAUACGUGCUACGCAAAGAUCCGGCUUUACUCAGGGCUGCUUCAAAAUCCAGCCAGCACUUCGACACCAUCCUUAUUUUCCACACAACUUGGAUCUGGAAUUCACUUACAACUAUCUCUCUGCUCGUGGGAUAUCGAACUGGAAAGGAUCACACGAGCCCUGCGAUAUACCUCCGCUAGAAGGACAUCUUCAGAUUCCAGUCUCGAUUAGCUUUCCAACUCCUGUCAGUAUAUCUACAGAUCUAGACCAAAGCCAUCAGAAAUGGUUUAACACAGAGGAAAAUCACAUCUCUAUCCUAAUUUUUGCGUGGAGUUAUAUUCUUUCAGCACGUUGGGCUCAGCUCAUGCCCGACGCCAUACUCGAAUAUACCGACAGCAAAGCAUACAACAGUGAUGAAUCCCGAGAACGAGGCUCUGCUGUGGUGGAUAUAGGUGCUGUUGAUGAUAAUGCAGCAAGAUGGUGGUCUGCUAUUUUAGCUCCUGGAGAAGGCUGGGAAGCUUAUAUUACCCUGAACAACGUUAAAUUUCGAUCCCCUUGGUCAAUAUCUCUUCCAGCAAACCCGAAGUUCAGCCUCUCCUAUCACAAAAGCCAUUAUUUAUCAGAUACAGCCGUAUCAGUUGCGACUGCAUUUCGCUUCCUAUCCGAUUACUGCACUCUGCAUGACAUUAUAGACCAAAGCUAUGCUGCAUUAUCAGCGGCGUUAUUUCUUCCACUCUUGCAUGGCGGCAGAAGAGAUAUAGUCCUACCAGGCCCAAAAUUCAGCCACGCCCAGAGGUCUAACGUGGGGUUAAAGUGCAAAGACCUUGAUUGGGUGCAGGAAGACCAUAAUCUGGACAAACUUCUCACCUUGAGCUGCAACACUAGAGGAAUCCAUUCCCUACUGUCAAGUGUCUUUUAUGAGCCUGAAAUAGCUUGCAAUGCUGUAAGCCCAUGGCUGCAAUCCAUGUUUGCUGUUUUAAACUCUGUUGAAGAUAAUCGCAUUCUCACUCACAUUCUAAUGAGUCGAGUCCCGCAUCUCGCCUUUUUCUGGCUUGGAGGAGUAAUCCUGGGCAUUCAUAAGGAUGUCUUACGAGAUGGGCGGUUUGGACUAAUACCCACAGAGCCACAUGCCGCGGCGUGGUCUGGAACUAUACAAUCAUUUAUGCAGGAGCCUAUCUAUCCAGCAGCAAAUGAGUCUAUCCUGCGCUCCGACGAAUGUCGACUCCUCUAUCUUACCCAGGAGGAACAUCACACUCGCUGGCCUGUAUGUCCGUGGACGCCGUUUGGUAGCACAGCUCUUAAAGACACUGAGAUUGAUGUCCGUCUGCAUGCAAACUGUACCAUUCAUGGCCUUCAAUACGCAGGCUGGAAGUGGACUUGCCGAAAUAGUAGCGUGGUAUAUCAAAUGGCCAAGCCUGACUUUAUGCCAGCUUUCUCGCCAGUGGAGCCAAAUAUCACAAUCAACUACGAAGCUCUCGACCAUGGGGAGCAGUCAGCAUCGGAAAAUGCAACGCGAAGUAUCUUUAGCUGGCUGCGGGUUGAAGGAUUUCCACUAAACGAGAAAAAAAUACAUGAGUGGAUUAGUAUUGAUGAUUCUGAUGAUGAAUUAUCCAUAAACAAAGAUUCAGGAAGGAGUGACGAAGCUUCACGAACUAAUGUCGAAGAUUGGAUAGACCAGAAUGUUGAUAUUACUUAGAGUUAUUCUACAAGCCCUAAACCAUAUACAACGCCCGAGGUGAUUUAGGGUGUCGUGGCUGACUCUGAUUUUAUUAAAUUAUAUCUAGAUUUGGUAGUGGCUGCAAGAUUGGACUGGAACAGACCUCACAUAAAAACAGCAGCCCGCUGCAUUCAGAGACAAAACCAUCUGCUCUAGCAGAUCACUGGGAUACUUAAAUUAGGGUUAAAUUGGCCACUCCAACUCAGGAGGUAAACUGGGAAGCAUCAUGGAAGCAUUUGGAAACACUGGAGACUGUAGUUACCACAUAUUGAAAAAGGAAUGCAGGUACUGUUUUAUUCCCGU